AUGAUGGAAGCACGGGGGAGGUCCAGAACUCCCAGCCGGCUGGGGUCAGGGACUCAGCUCGGGGAACAGCUCUUCGCUCAGAAGAUUGAACAAAAGCUCCAGAAACACAACCUUCUCCUCGAGGCGAGGCUGCAGCUCCAUCGGAACUCUUCGGGGGGGCCCUCCCAACCCCAGAGCGCCCAGCACAGCCAUGGCACCAAUACCCCCGGAGGUGGAGAGAAUGAAUCGACUCAGGGGCAAUCCAGAAGAAUCGGUUCGAAGGGGGGAGGAAGUGCAAGUGACCGGUCAGAAAGUGCCCGGCGAAAGGAGCGGCCGAACUCUGCACGGGAGGAGCGAUGGAAUGCGGCGGUUUCGAGUCAGAAAGGUGCUCGGGCGACGUCAACCGGGCAUGUUUCAGCGGCAAAAGGUACCCGGCAGGAUCGGUCUAGGGAACGGGAGAGAGUGAUCGAGUAUUCCGGGCAGGUGAAGAGCGGAAGGAGCGUUGCCGGCAUGUACGAUCCGAAGUACGUCUCGAGUGACGUCAUCCAGUCUGCGAGAGCUGGACGGAGCCGGACUGCCAGCCGCAUCGAAGACAGGGGUUUCGAAAUAGGGGGGAGAUCUGAGCGGGAAGAGCACCCCCCCUGGUUGUUCGCGGACAGCGGACCUUCUAGGAGGUCGUCGGACCGAUCGAGAGUGUCCGAGGGGCGGACAAGUGAACGUGAGGGUUUGGACAGGGUUAGCUCGUCUGGAGGGAAAAGUCAACGAGGGACUCCGCAAGAUGGGGUUAGCAUGAACCAGUUAAGCGGAAACGGGCACGAUCAACGGGUUAGGACAGAGAGAAACGGGCUCAAAAAUGACACGGAUGUGAGGAGAACGAGUGAAGCACGAAAAGGAAAGCCGAUCCGGACGCUUCGAGGGCAGGGAAACCUAGACGAUCUUCCCGCCGCUGCCUUCACUUCGUCAGAGUCGAGAAGCUCUAGAGUUCCCAGCGCGCAAGAGGAGAUUGAAGUUCUGCACGAGCGCAUUGCGAGCGGAACCGCAGGGCCGUCAGGGCGACCGUUUAGCGGCUCCCUGCCCGACGAGGUCGCCCAGCGCGAGACCGAUUUGUACCAGCAGCUAUACCAGCCGCUGGCCAAUAGCUUGUCCCUCCGCCGGCGGCAGAUCGGCAGCAGUUUCGGCAGUUCGGACGGCCGGUCGAGCGAACCGUCCGUCAGUCUGUCUCGGACAAACUCCAGCAGACUCGAGGAGCUGCUGAUGCGCGUCGAGAAAGACGGCUUGCAACCGACGGGCAGCAAUCACGAAACGACACGUCUCAGCACUGCGCAGGGUUUGGAGGGUUUGGACUCGCCCCAGGGGGGGCUUCUAGGGGAGCGACGGUCGCGGCCGCACGAGGAAGCGCCGGGUUUGAGGGCGCAGCAGACCUUUUCCUACGUGAAAAAUCCAGGGGGAUCUCUCUCUAUCUCCGGAGGCGGCAGUUUUUCGACUGGGGCGUUGCUCUCCGUUCCUGCAGGGGGGGGUUUGGCGAGCCUGCUGAACGGCGGGUUCUUGGCGGAGGGUUUGGGCCCCGUUAGUUCGCAAACCCCUGAAGGCUCAGGAGCCGUGGAUUCCGUUCGGAAACCCCUUUCUGCAGCAGAAACCGUUCCGACACGCGAACGGCAGGAAAGAUCAGAGGGCGCCGGAAGUACGAAGUCGAAGAUGGACGGCAGGGACCAAGGGUUCGGGGCUUCGACGAGCGACGGUUUCAGCCGGUCGGGCUCCGAUCGGUUUGCGGAUACCGGAAACGUUUCUCAGAGCGGAACAAACCAACGCAGGCCCAGCUCCGCUGCGUCGUCCAGAGAGCGCCACGUGUCGGUCCCCGAGCGGCCCGCCUCCGCUUCGGACGCCCACCGACCCGGAAGCCGGAGUGACCCGACGAGGGGCAGCCACGUGGCGCCAUCUGAGCGGGAGAGGCCGUCAUCGGACGGCCGGGCUAGGCUCGAGAGAAGCGCUUCGGUGAAGAGCGUUCUCAGUCGCAGCGGUUCAAUGAGCCACGUGGCGUCAUCUGGGCGGGACGCCCGGCCAUCGGACGGCCAGCCGCGGCUCGAGCGGAGCGCCUCAGGCAGAAACUUGGGUCGGAGCAGUUCGAAGAGCGGGGUCUUCCGGAUCGCUUCUCCUCUUUCCGCCCCGGAAAGCGGAACUCCCUCGGCGGAAUCUUCUGCUCUGCAAAUCGGGUUAGACACGGGGUUAAGCAGCGGGGCAUCGGAGGAGGUAUUGACUUUAGCACAGGAGAGGGCAAAAUUGGCCGGGGGGAUCCCCCGACCUGAUCGGCCGCCGGCUUAUGUGCGGAGUGCGGGCCUGGAAAGGGCCCGGAGCGUGAGCCCGGGGGGGCGGAGAAAGUUCGAGGACCGCUUCGAAGAGGAGUCGAAAGAGCGUCGGCGGCGGCAGCAGGCGCUCGCGCAGGAGCGGCAGGAGGAGCGCGAGCAGCGCGAGCUGGCCGAGUGCACCUUCGCGCCCGUCAUCAGCAAAACCAGCCAAGAGAUGUUCGACAGCGGCAGCCGCGCCGACUUCCUGGAGCGCGUGCGCGCGUGGAAGGCGCGCCGCGACGCGCGGCUGCGCGAGGAGAAGGAGCGGCGCGCGCGGCGCGAGCUCAAGGAGUGCACCUUCCAGCCCGCGGUCACGCGCUACGAGAGCCCGCUGCGCGAGCGACCCCCACCUUCGGAGCACGGCGCGUCGGCACGUGGCAGCUUCUGGCGGUCCGAGUGGGACGGCCUGCCCGCGCGCGCGCCCGACUGGGAGGGCAGCCUGCGGGACGGCGCGAGCUACUACGCGCUCGAGCUGCAAAAGCAAGGGACGCUCCACACUGCGCGCGAGCGCAGCACCUCCGCGCCGCCUCUGCGGCCGUGGUCCGCGCUCGCGCGCCCUGAGCCCCGAAACCUCGGCAUGCGCUUCGACUACGGCCUGUCGCGCUUCGGCUUCGAGCCGGACCGGCCCGCGGCCGCGAGCGCGCUCCGGAGUUUAGGGUUUAGCCCGGCGGCGACGCUCAGCCGACCGGCCAGCGCGGCGCGGCUCGGGGAGAGCGCGCGGUUGGGGACGGUUAAUGGAGAGGUUAGGGCGAACCUGAACGGAGAGAUCAACGGUUCGGAGGGGCACGAUGCUGACGUGGCGGACGCGUACUCGACGGCGUCUCAGAGGGCGCUGACGGAGUGGGAGGCGCGGCAUUACGAGCGCAUGACGAGCGCGCGGCGGCACAGCACGGACUUGCGGCGGCUGCUGAACCAGAUCAACGGCUCCUCAUGGCGGUACCAUCUCACGCGGCCCGUGGAGCCCAACCUCAGCGACAGGGCCCACGUGAAAGUGAAGGCGUUGGAGAUGCCAAUAUCGCCGUACACGGCGCAUCCGAUAAACUAG